CUUCAUCAAUGGCGGACGCUCUCUCAGAUCAGCGCGAAGCAUCCGAGGUUUCCCUCUUCUUCUUCUUCUUCUUCUUCCUCCGACGACGACGGCCCGAUGUCGCUGACGACCCGCCUUCCCAGCCCGGCCCUCUUCUCCUCUCGCUGCCGCCGCAAGUUCCCACCUUUCCCUUCCCAUGCCGCCCCUGUCCGGCGCUUCGCGAGCCGCCGGGCCUUCGGCAGCGUCCGGGCGUCCGUGUCCGUUCGGUCCCCCGCGAGCACCGCCGUGGGCGGCGCCCCCGACGCCGCGAUGGACGCCGUCCAGAGGCGCCUCAUGUUCGAGGACGAAUGCAUUUUGGUUGACGAAAAUGAUCAGGUUAUCGGUCAUGAAUCGAAAUAUAAUUGUCACUUAAUGGAAAAAAUUGAAAAGGAAAAUCUGUUGCAUAGAGCUUUCAGUGUUUUCCUGUUCAACACAAAGUACGAGUUACUGCUUCAGCAACGAUCUGCGACAAAGGUAACUUUCCCCCUUGUAUGGACAAACACCUGCUGCAGUCAUCCCUUGUACCGGGAGUCCGAGCUUAUCGAUGAGAACGCUUUGGGUGUCAGGAAUGCUGCACAGAGGAAGCUCUUGGAUGAGUUGGGUAUUCCUGCUGAGGAUGUGCCAGUUGAUCAAUUCAUCCCACUAAGUCGUAUGUUGUAUAAGGCUCCUUCUGACGGCAAGUGGGGAGAACAUGAACUUGACUACUUGCUCUUCAUUGUUCGAGAUGUCGGUGUCCAUCCAAAUCCUGAUGAAGUCGCCGAUGUCAAAUAUGUGAACAGGGAGCAGCUAAAAGAGCUGCUGAGGAAAGUCGAUGCUGGUGAGGAAGGUCUGAAGCUGUCACCCUGGUUCAGACUAGUCGUGGACAAUUUCUUGUUUAAGUGGUGGGAUCACGUCGAAAAAGGGACUCUCAAGGAAGCUGCUGAUAUGGAAAACAUUCACAAGCUCACUUAAGAUCGGCUAGAAACGAACACUUCUAGGAGUUAUGCUGAUAACAGCAUCCUCAACUGCCAUAUAUCAAUAAAGUCACAUGUUGAAAGGUUUCGAAGUAGUGGGCAUUAUGUGGUUAUUUAAUCAUGGUCUGCUCUUUUUUUAGUUGAAAGCUGCUCUUCUGCCUUGGUUCUUAUACCAAGAUAUGCUUCUGGUUUUUGGUCUAUUAUAUCAAUGAUAUCCCUUUAUUUUGUGAA